GGAAUAAUGUUAGUGAUGGAAUGGAAUCUUGUAGGGCGUAGUGUUUGAAAUCAUAGUUUGGAGGAAAAUAAAAAUAUUAUUCUCAUGUACGGAUAACAUUCACAUGUUCCCAAAAUCCGUACGCGGUAUCGAAUUGGGGACAAUUCUGCAGAUUGCAUACAGAUUUUCACUCCGACGACACUUGUUUCUUCUUCUUCUUCUGCGAUGGCAUCCAACUGCAGCUGCGGUGGCAAUACUUGCAAGAGCUUACGCUGUGGAAGUGAAAUCCAGAAAAAAGAUAAAGCAGCUGCGAAAUCUCCUCGCAAAUUUGAUUUAGGGCCAGUUCCAUCUCCUGUCGAAGUCGACGCUGCAGUAACUGCUCUCCAGAGUUACCUGCAGGAGGUUUUUUCAAAUAUAUCGAUGUCAAAAUGGCUUCAGCCGGUGAUGAACUUCAAUGAUUCAAGAAUUUUGCAUUCUGUUGGUUAUCAAUUGAUUUAUAAAGCUUUUCAAUGGCUGCGGACGGAUCCUUCUUUCAAGGGUAUGGUAGUUUCACUGUGUAUGGACAAAGCUGUUUGGAAUGCUAUUGCUGUAAAUAAUGGGUUUAUGGAGAACUUCCGGGAGUUACCUUCCUCAGGUGUAAAUGAAUACCCUGGGAGCUCCAAACAGGGACCUGACUUUGGAAAUAUCAUUUUAAGGUGGAUUUUGGAGAUGUCACUAAAAAAAGUUGUGGAGCUAAUUGAAAGCUUUCUGAUACUGUUAAACAAUGCAUUUCAUUUUCCUGGGAAAGAUAAACUGACACCAGAGAAAAAAGAUGAUAUAAAUGAAAAAAUCGAAUCUGCAUUCGUUCUCUCCUUGGUCGUCAUGUUGAUGGUGGUUGUUGCUCGAGCUCAGAUUGCAUGAGAUCGAAUGAGAACUCUCUUGGUGGAUUCAACAUGUUCUGUCCACUGCCUUUAUUCUGCUUUUAUUUGAGCUAAACUGUAAGUAUACUACUUUUUUUUUCCUAAAGUAUACGCCCAGACUCUGGAGAUAAAUUGUAUGUUUAACGAUAACACUGUGAGUCUAAUGAUGUGCUAGACAUAAUAUUUGUAGUUUUGUACACACUCCUGUGAAAGUGUAUGAGUGUUAUUAUUUAUGGAUAGAUUAUGUUUUUAGUACUUGUGCA